AUGAGCACCUUCCAUCGAUUCCCUCUUCUCCCAACGGAGCUACGUCUCCAGAUCUGGGAAGCGACCAUCGAACCACGAACUGUCAUGGUCUGCUUCUCAUACAAGCCCAAGACAAACGAUUACCUUCUCUACCCACGACUGCAGACAUGCACCCCUGUCCCCGCACCGUUGCAGACCUCACAAGAAGCACGCAGUCAUCUGAAAGGCUUCUACCAACAACUCUACAGCGAACAGCCCGUAGAACUUGAAUUCCCAAUCGAGAGAUUUGAUCAAACUAUUGAAUUGCCGCGGCGAUACGUCUGGUUCAUUCCAGCCAUCGACAUUGUAGACAUUGGAGAAAACCAGCUUGAGCGCCUACGGCAAGCUGCGCCUUUGGUCCAAAGACUGGAGGUUGAGCGGCUGGAGCGGGACACGUACUGGCUCUGGCUUGAAGCUGAAACAGAGUUCCCUCAUUAUCACAGCCUCAAAGAAAUGAGAGUCGUUACCAAGUGCGAUUUUAGUGCUUAUGUUAAGGAAGACAGUCUGGGGCGGCGGUGGCCUUGUGCGAAGGAGGGGGUCAUUCUCAUCGAUGCGAACGGGAAGCUCAAGCCUAUCACUCUCAUGGCGUUGGUCAAUGGGAAGGUUCCGGAUGAACGAGUGGGGGAACCAGAAUUUCUGGUAGGACAUCGACACAUGCAUGAUAGCUGA